CUCCUCACCUGCGGAGGGCGCUCCUCCGAGACAGGCUCGGACGAUUUUAUGCAGUUUCGUGUGCAACAAAGUAAAGCCGAGCAGCUAGCGAGAAGGGAGUACGGACCCUUCUGAGAUUGUUUAUUUUUGCACCGCUUUGAAACUGUUUUUCCUCACGUAUUUCUAAGGUUUUUGUGAUAUAUUGUACGUUUUACACAAACGGAAACUAAAGCAAUUCAGUCCUGGGGCGGUGUUUGGACGCUUUGUGGAACAGCAAGGUGUUUUUGUAAUAGAGAGUCAGGCGUAACGUUAGCAAGCUGCCGUGAAGAAAAAAGAAAGGGGAAAAAAGGCAGAACCGGGCACUACGGAACGGGUCGGUCAGCCAGAGAGAGCCGGGUGGACCACGGCAAAGCCGCAGCCGCCAGCGCCACGGGGAGUCGGGGCCCGAGAGGGAGCCUGCCAGGCCCUUGGCUUGAUGCAACCAGUCUGCCUUGCCUUAGCCGCAGUCCGAGAUGGGGGAGACCAAAAUUAUCUACCACCUCGACGACCAGGAGACACCAUAUCUGGUGAAACUGUCGGUGCCAGCGGACAAAGUCACGCUGGCAGACUUCAAAAAUGUCCUCAAGAAACCAAAUUACAAAUUCUUCUUCAAAUCUAUGGACGAUGACUUCGGGGUGGUAAAGGAAGAAAUAUCUGAUGACAAUGCUAAGCUGCCCUGCUUCAAUGGACGUGUGGUGUCAUGGUUGGUCUCUGGAGACGGCGCGCACACGGACGCAGGCUCGGUGGCGGAUAGUUUAGAGCCGACACCACCUCUGGAGAGGACCGGGGGCAUUGGAGACUCGAGACCCCCUUCCUACCAUGGGAAAGCAGCAAGUGGUCGGGACAGCCUGGACAAUGACACAGAGACCGGCUCCAUGGUGUCUCAGAGGAGAGAGCGGGAGAGGCCGCGACGGAAACACACUAAUGACCAUGGUGGGAGGCAGAACGGGUACUCAUCGCGGGGUAUGGGACGCGGAGGCCCCGAGUAUGACAGCUGCUCGUCCUUCAUGAGCAGCGAGCUGGAGUCCACUUCCUGCUUUGAUUCAGAUGAUGACGAUGCAACCAGCAGGUUUAGUAGCUCCACUGAGCAGAGCUCUUCUCGUCUAAUGAGACGACAUCGACGCCGGCGAAGGAAACCCAAGGCUUCCAAUAUGGACAGGUCUUCGUCAUUCAGCAGCAUCACAGACUCCACCAUGUCGCUGAACAUCAUCACUGUGACUCUCAACAUGGAAAAGUAUAACUUCUUGGGCAUCAGUAUUGUGGGUCAGAGUAAUGAGAGAGGUGAUGGAGGAAUCUACAUCGGCUCCAUCAUGAAGGGAGGAGCUGUGGCUGCAGAUGGACGCAUAGAGCCCGGGGAUAUGCUGCUGCAGGUGAACGAUAUAAACUUUGAGAACAUGAGCAAUGAUGAUGCUGUUCGAGUACUAAGAGACAUAGUGCACAAGCCGGGCCCCAUUACUCUGACAGUUGCAAAGUGCUGGGACCCAAACCCUCGGAGCUGCUUUGCUUUGCCCAGGAGUGAGCCAAUCCGGCCUAUCGACCCCGCUGCAUGGGUGUCUCACACGGCAGCCAUGACUGGGGUGUACCCUCCAUAUGGCAUGAGCCCUUCCAUGAGCACAGUCACCUCCACCAGCUCCUCAAUCAGCAGCUCGAUCCCUGAGACUGAACGAUUCGAUGACUUCCACCUCUCGAUUCACAGUGACAUGGCAACGGUUGCUAAGGCCAUGGCCUGCCCAGAGUCAGGUCUGGAGGUGCGAGACAGGAUGUGGCUCAAGAUAACCAUCGCUAAUGCCUUUAUUGGUUCUGAUGUGGUGGACUGGCUCUUCCAUCAUGUGGAAGGAUUCACAGAUCGCCGUGAAGCUCGUAAAUAUGCCAGCAAUUUGCUGAAGGCUGGGUACAUCCGACACACAGUCAAUAAGAUCACCUUCUCUGAACAGUGCUACUAUGUCUUUGGAGACCUCUGUGGCAACAUGACCCACUUGUCUCUGCAUGAUCAGGAUGGAUCCAGCGGUGGUGCCUCAGAUCAGGACACCCUCCCCCCUCUGCCCCAUCCUGGGUCAGCCCCUUGGCCCAUGGCCCUGCCCUACCAGUUCCCUAUUCCACACCCUUACGAUCUGCCGCAGCCCUUCCAUGGUGGACCAGGAGCUGGUAGUGCAGGGAGCCAGCACAGUGGGAGCAGCGGUUCUAACUGUAGCAAGAAUGAGGGCCGAAAAUCCGGUGGCAGUGGCAGCGAAUCAGACAUCAGGAGCCACCGGGCACCAAGUGAGCGCUCAGUGGCUCCCCCUAGUGAACGAAGCGUCCGCAGCUCUGUGAGCCACCGCAGUGCCAACUCCCACUCUAUAGCCUAUGGGCCUGGUCUUGUGUACGGCCCCCCUGGCCUGCCCCCUCAGCCACCACAUCUUUCUACAGCUGCACCUGGUGCCCCACCAGGCAGAGAGCUUGCCUCGGUGCCCCCUGAGCUCACUGCGUCACGGCAGUCUCUGCGAAUGGCGGUGGGCAACGCCGGAGAAUUCUUUGUUGAUGUGAUGUGACACCGGUUAUAGAGACCUAAAGGCAGAAAUGGAAACCACCCUGUUGUGUAUGCUGAGAGAAAAUGCUCCUCCUCUCUUGUACUUUUUCUUAGUAGUUGUAGUGGUCAUACUUUCUUCAGUGAAGAAACACCCCCCCACCCUGCUCCAGAUGGAACCAAAGCGCCUUUCUCAGUUUCCGCUCCAUGGUGGGGAAGAGUUUUAGCAAGGACAAAGAGCAGAAGAAGGGAGGGAGGCAGUGGAAAUGGUCAGCUGGGGAAGAUGACUCAGUGCUUUUCCACAUGGAUGUUUUUCAUUUGUUCUUCUUUUCACUCUUCCCUCCCUCCUCUGGGUUCCUUAUCUAAUGUUCUCUGUCCUCCCCCACCCCUGUCCACGUCAAAACUGAGAGAGACUGAAGCCUCUUCCCUCUUCCUGUUUUUUUUUUUUUUUCCCCCACUUGCUGACCUCUAACAAGAAAAAAAGAAUGACUGAAAGAAGCUGAAAUGAACACUAACUGUUAACCUUAUUCAGACUUUUAAAGUAUUUGCUUGACUUAAGAGAGAAAGAAAGAAAGAAAUGUAUGUAGUGCAAGAGAAUUACAGUCCAUACUUUGAGAAUGCAUUUGUUUUAUUAUAUUUGUAGCUGGUCACAACUAGUUUCUUUUUCUUUUUAAUGCUUAAUAUGAGCAUCCAGUUUCCAGAGUCGUUUUUAUACGGCACAACUACAUUUUCAUCUGCUAACCAGCGAAUCUUCAGAUUGUCUUGUGAUAAUGUAUAGUGGAAAAAAAAAAUUCUUACCAUGACUUUCACACUACUCUUUUAUCAAGGAAAAUGUCUUUUUAUUUAUAAAUAUAGUUUUAUGACUUAAA